AAAAUGGAUGGAAAAGAUAUUGAUACUGAACUCUAUGUAGCGAACUCCUGAGCUUUAAUCUGUUUAGCUUAUAAUGUAGGUAGUAUAAUGUUCAAACAUCUCAGAGGACCUCUUAUCUUGGAAGAAACGUGAUAAGACCCUUCUUUAUCUUGAGUAGUAUGAAACUUUGAUGAAAAGUGAAACCAUGGACGAAAUUGAGUUAGAAUCUGAGAAACCACUUUUGGUAUUCAUUAAUCCCAAAUCGGGAACAGGAAGGGCAGUGACAAUGUACAAUAAAUAUCUUGAACCUCUAUUGAAAGAUAAGACGAUCAAAGUGGAUGUGAUUAUGACUAAAUAUUCCGGACAUGCCAGAGACUUCAUUGAAAAAUGCCCUGAUCUUCGCAAGUACAGAGGUUUGGUAUCAAUAUCGGGGGAUGGACUCAUUCACGAGAUAUACAACGGUCUCUUUAAUCGGCCCGAUUGGUCUCAGAUCUCCAGGAUGCCCAUGGGGCUAAUCCCAGGUGGAUCUGGAUGUGCCCUAAAUAGCUCCCUGCUACGACAGCUCGGUCAAGUCAGGGACGGAUCGACCAGUUUGGGACCAGAAGCUUCCGCAAAUAACGUGGCCGUGGGUGCCAGUUUGGGCAGAACCACGCCAUUGGAUCUUCUGGAAAUCGAAUUGGAGAAUGGGGACACAUAUGUGAGCUUCUUGGGGGCCACUAUAGGGAUCGUUGCUGACUCGGACAUUGGGUCAGAGUGGCUUCGCUGUUUAGGAUAUCUUAGAGUUUAUCUGUAUGUUGGAACACGAAUGUUCUUCCCGAAGAACUAUCGAGUGAGGCUCUCGUACCUCCCAUUACCAAGAGAUGCAAACGGCCAAGUGUGCCCAGCCCCCGAAGAUACGCCAUUGGCCCUUCCAAAAUUUUCCGAGAAACUACCGCCCAAUUGGGUGGUGGAGGAGGGAGAUUUUCGUCUGCUUUACGCAAUCAACAUUUCACUUCUCGAUCCCGUCUCGCUAUUUGCUCCCGAAUCGAAAGUUGGCGAUGGCAUUGCUUGGAUUGUGGUCGUGAGAAGUUCUAUUACCGUGAGAGAAACAAUUAAUUGGACAUUGAAUUUGCAAGAUGGGCCCAUUGAUGUGGAAGCCAUGGAAGUAAUACCCGUGAGAGCGUUUCGCAUUGAGCCGCUUUCCCCUUCCACGGGAAUCCUAACGCUAGAUGGUGAAAGCGUUCCUUACGGCAAAUUCCAAGGACAGGUUAUUCCUAAAAAAGCCAACCUCUUCGUGUCUUAAACCGGAAAUGAGCGUCAAAGGUCCACCCAAUCUAGUCUAUAUCAUUUAGGUAUUUUGCCACGCUAUCUUGCGUAUGACAUACCAAAUAAACAAACUUGCCUUGAGGAA